UACUCAUGCAAAUUUUCCGAAACAGCACAAAAAGGAGUAUUGAAACAUUUUCAGCUGGUGCAUCCUUUAGAUAUCUGCUUAUUUUAAAAUUAACAAAGUGUUUAUUAACUUUCUAAAUAUAUAAAGUUGCUAUAGUCCUGCGCUUGUUGUUUAAAUAUUAGUUAAAAUUGCUGUGUACAUUUUGUAAACAAAUUUAAGAUAUAUAUACGAAGCCGUGUGUGUGAAGGCAGAAGUGCACAAGGAGCAUCGUUGGUAGAUAAAGCUUGCAGCUGUUAAACUUAAGGGGCGCAAUAGUACAAAUUAAUAAUUUAGUUUCUUUUAUAAAAAAGAAAAAGUGCUGCAGAUAUAGCGUUGCAUUGGCAGAAAAAGUUUGCAGAAAUCUCCUACGAAUAUAAAUUUAGUUUUUUUUUUGUUUACAACUCGACAAAUUUGCUUGUAAAACAUCUUUAGCGGCGCUUCAACUAUACAUGCCCGGUUUUCACAUAAAUGAAAUGGGUGAAAUGGUUUUGGAUGCCAUCGAUGACAUCGCUGUGGUUGAUGUCUACGAUCUAGCAACCGAUAUUGGCAAGGAAUAUGAAAGAAUUAUCGAUCGCUACGGCACCGAUGCCGUAACUGGUAUAAUGCCCAAAAUCAUCAAUACGUUGGAGCUGCUGGAAGCAUUAGCGACGAAAAAUGAGCGCGAAAAUGCAAUAAUACAAGAGUUGCGCGAAAAGAUAGCACAACUAGAGAGUGAAAAAUCCGAAAAGGCAGAGUACCGUAGGCGUUUCGAAAGGGAAAUGGAGGUACUUGAGGAGCAAUGGCGUACCGAAACCAAUGAAUUGGUUGAAAUGGUACAAACAUUACAGGAUGAAAACAAACGUCUUGUUAAACAAACGCAAGAUUUGCAAUCGUCUUCAGCACACUCUUCCGGUUUGGGCGCUAGUUUAACGGAAAGCAUCAUAAGUAUUACAAAUAAUGAGUUGAAUGCGGCACUAACCGACACGCAAGUGCUGCAACGUUUAAAAGAACAAAUUUACAAACAACGGGACGAGUUGAAAGAUAAGGAACAUGAAUUGCAGGAAAAAUAUGGCGAAAUCGAAAAUCUACACAUACAAAUGGAUCGCUUGAAAUCGUCUGGACGCGAUGCACAUCGUCGACGCAAAAUGUUGCAGUCUCAGGUGAAGACGCUGUGCGAGGAGCGCGCCGACUUUCUCGCCCAACUACAGGACCAAUAUCGUGACAUUAAUCAAUUACGCAAGCAACUGGGCUUGGCUGAGAAGGAGAAUGAAGAUUUGGUAAAAUCAUGCAGCGACGACCCCAACGAUCCGAAUCGUCCGCGCUACACAACGCUACAAUUGAAGGAGUUAAUUUGUGAACGUGACGAAUUAAUCACCACUGUUGACAAUUUGACCGAAGAGUUGAAGGCACUCAAGCCCAGUAAUGUCAAAACGACAGCGGCCGGUGGUGUCAGCGGUGGUGGGGGUGGUGACUCAAGUUCGUAUGAUUAUGACGACGACGAUGAUGAUGUUGAUGAGGAAUCACAAGAGGCGCAUGAAGCAGUGUGUGGCACACCACCUGACCAUGAUGCACCUGUACAAGGACCACUACCAUAUGAGCCAGACGAUGCUCCUUGGAAGAAGAGUAGUGAAUCGGGCAUACGCAAAUUUUUCCGCCGCCUGUUUUCCGACACUUCGGACACUUCCAAACGUUCCUUGGCUACCCUUUCGAAAAUGGCACUCUCCGCCACACCAGGCAAUAUGGAGGUCAAGUAAAUUGCUGCAAAUUUUUUGCUGUGAUGAAAAUUUUUUGUGCAUAAAUAUUAAUUUUUGAUUUUAAUGGAAGCAGGUGUUGUUAAAUGAAAACCAAAAUCUCAGUGACACACAUUUUAGCUGGAAAUGCUAAACAUUCCUCUUUAUGCUGAAAAAAACUCUUUACACUACGAAAAUAUACAAUUAAUAUGUGAAUGCGUUGAUAUUAACACAAAAAGGGCGAUAAAUGUACCAUUUUUUUUAGGUUAUGUAUAUUUUUUAUUUUGUGCAACGUGUGUUAUUUUUAAAUGCUUGGUGGCAGUGCAAAAAAAAAAUAAGUUUUUAAAAUGGACCGGCAAAUGUGUGAAAAAAGUGAUGAGCAGCUAAUUAAUACUAAUGAAAAUUAAUGUUUCUUUCAAAAAAAAAAAAUUAAAAUUGUGAUUUCAAACGUUUUGUAUGGGAAGUAUUAUGUUAUUUUAAUACUUUUUUAAGGCUUGCGUACACAUAUUAAGCAGCUAAUUAGUCAAAUGUGCAUUAUAAAUGCUAAUAAAGUGCAUAACAAAAAAUAUAUUGCGUGUGUUAAGUUUAAAAAGCUCUGCUGCACAAAAUUUAUUGUUUGUGUCUUUUCAACGCUACUUAACUUAUUUGUGUUGUUUUAUGCGCCUCGCAAGUAUUUCUAGACUUAAUAUUAACGCGUCUUCGAAAUUUUGUACAUUUAUCGUCCUUAAAUAUUUACACUAAAGCCAAAUAUGUUUAUAAGUGUUUUCUAUUUUAUAUACAAACAUAUAUAUAUAUAUUUAUUGUCUUCUACACAAUUUUUCCAUUUAGUUUAUUAAGCACAAAGCACGUAUGUUUAUAAAUAUGUUCACACAUGUGCCACAUGCCAUGUAAUGUGUAUGUAUGUAAUUAUUUAUUUUUUUAUAUUUAUUGUAAGGUGCUAUUUUUUCCAAAGUCCCGUGCACAACAAGUAAAUUAAAUGUAAAUUUUGCAUGUGUUUAUUAAUUUAUUAUAAAUGUUAAGUGAAAUAUCAUCAAAAGUUUGUUUUUAAAAUAUACUUAUUUUUCGAAAACAUGUCAGUGAAGCUUUAAGGCAAAAAAUUGAAAAUAAAAAUUGUUUUAAAUUAUAUUUAGUUUAAAAUGUUAAAUGCCUAUUGCAUUGCAUGUAAAAAAUAAUUAUUUUAAAAAUUUUAGAAAGUGCAAUUCGAACUAGGAGUAUAUAGCGCGAGUAUGCAUAAAAAUAUUUAUACAUAUUUUCAAAUUUUUUUAUUCGAAAUUUUUUUAAUCGUACUACUUUUAAACUCACGUUUUUUUAUAUAUACUUUUUUUUGAAUUUCUACCACGGCAUUACAUCAGUAUUCGAAAAAAUAUUUGAUUCUAGAGAUUAAAAAAAAAACAUGAACAAAUAUUUCUUAAAUAAAUUUUUGAAAAAUAAGUAAUUAAAAAGUUGUAUUUAAAGCUUUUAAAAUUUAAUUUAUAUUUUUUUAAUACGUUAUACAAAAUUUUUAAAAAUUUUUUCAGAAAGUUUUUUUUAUUAAAACUUAAAUUUUUUAAAUUUAAAAAACCAAAAUACCGACAUACUAACUUAUAAAAAUGCCUUUGAAGCCUUGAAAUUUAACUAAACAAGAUUCCAUGGUUUGUAAUAGAUCUGUUUUGGUAUAUAAAGCAUAUUAUACCAAAUUUUUAUACUGAGCAUAAUUUUUGGUUUAAAUUAUACAUAUUCUUUAAUAAAAAUUAUUAUUUUAAAAGUUUUAAUUUUUUUAAUGAAAUAAUUUACAUAAAAAAAUUUGUCAGCAACGAAAACAAAAAAUCUUUAAAAAUAUUUUGAACCACCCUAAUUCCUUAAGAACUGCAUUUAUUUCGAACGGACCUAAUAUGUGGCGCUUCCAGUCUUUUACAUAUACAUGCAUUCGUAUAUUUGGGUGUAUGCACGAUAUUUUUUUUUGUUAAACACCUUACCGACUGCUUCCGCGUCUACUUUUUGUGAAACUAUUAUACCAAAAUAUAUGAAAGAUGGCAAGUUAUUGUCAACAAAUAUUGCAUAUUAUAUUUAAAUGUAGUACAAGGUUCUUAUACUUACAUAUAUAAUAUAAUAUUUGCGCAGUUACAUAUUGCAUGUUUUGCAAAAUAAAGUUGGAAAACAUUGUUUAUUGAAAAAUAUUAAAACAAAAAUAUGAGACAAAUAUAAAAAAGUUGAGCGAAAAUGGCCAAAUUUUUAAGAGUUUAAGUGAGAAGAUUUUCUUAAAUUAUUAUAAAAUAUUUUUUUUGGAUUUUUCUUUAGAAAUUUAUAAAUACGCCUAAAAGUAUGCAAAUCUUACGAAUUUUUUUUUGACAUUUAUUGUUUAAAGGCUGAGUUGGAGUUUUAAAAAUUAUUUAAAAAUUUGAAACAAUAAGCUUUUGAUAAAUUUUGAAAGCUUUUUGAAUUUUUUUUCGUUUGGCUAGGCGCCUAAAAACAGUUAAGAAACUAAAAUAUUUGAAUACUUCGUCUGAAAGAGGUUAAAGGAUUUGACAAACCAACAUUUGAAUAUAUUUUAUUUAUUUAUUUAUUUAUUUAUAUUGCCGAUAAGCGUUGCAUACUUCUAGGCUGUUUAAAAAUCAAUAAUUAACAAAAUAAACCAGUGAACUUGAAAAAAAUUAUUAAAAUAAAAUAAUAAAAAAUUAAAACUAUAUAAAAUUAUUAUAAAAAAUUUAAAAAUAAAUAUGUUUAUAAAAAAUAAAAAUGUAUAGCAAAAACAAAAUUUUCAAAAAUUAUUUGAACUUUUCUUUUUAUCACCAUCCUCUUAUCAGUGGCCACAAAAGCUCAUUCAUUUACAUACAACCACACAAAUUAGCAUAUACAUAUGUAUGUAUGUAUAUCUAAGUAUUUUAAUCACAAAAGAAAAAUAUAUAGUGCCUCAGCAGCACAUUUUUUAGCUACGAGUAACGUUGAGUAGCUGACUAAAAAUAUGAAAAUCAUUUUAAUUAAAAACAUAAAUAAUCAUUAUAAUAUUGAUAUUGAUACUGUAAACAUACAAAAUUUAUUGUAUUUGUAGUUUUGAGAAUGAAACAAUGUUCGUUGAGUAGCGCGAGUUGUAUGAAAAAAAAGAAAAACAAAAAAAAUUAUUUCAGUACAGUGUUGGGCAAGCAAUUAGUAGCAUAUAGUAUUUUGAUAUUCCUAUUCAAUAAUUUAUUAAGAAGGCUACGCAUAUGGCAGUAUAAAUGUCCUAUA